UGCCAUUCCCACACCUGCAGCUUAGCUACAUGAUCUAUACUUUCUACCUGGAGGAGAAGGGCAAGUAAGAGAGCACGCAAGGAAACGCAUAGGAGCCUGUAAACUUAAGUUACAAUCGUCAUCAUCAUCAUGUUCAGCCACCACUAUGUCACCGCAGAUCAGCUUGCUGGAUUUGACAAGUACAAGUACAGUGCUGUGGAUACAAACCCAUUGUCUGUGUAUGUAAUGCAACAUCUAUGGAAUAAAGUUGUUAAGAUUAUACCACUUUGGAUAGCACCAAAUUUAUUAACUUUAAGUGGAUUUUUGAUCGUUUUAGUGAAUUAUUUUAUACUAUCCUUCUUUGAUUGGAACUAUACUGCAUCAGGCAAUGGACAUCAGCAUAUCCCAAAUUGGGUCUGGAUUUCUGCAGCACUGGGAAACUUUUUGGCAUAUGCAUUAGAUUCAAUUGACGGAAAACAUGCCAGAAGGACACAGUCCAGUAGCCCGUUGGGAGAAUUAUUUGACCAUGGACUUGACAGCUGGACAGCAUCUAUUUUUCCAUUAUCAUUGUUUUCCAUCUUUGGAUCCGAUUCAGGAGAUGCUGGUUUAUCAGCAAAGACUAUGUAUUACGUAUCAUGUAUUGUUUUGUUCACAUUUAUGCUCUCACAUUGGGAGAAAUACAACACUGGGAUACUCUUUCUUCCCUGGGCAUAUGAUAUCAGUCAAGUGUCUUUGACAGCGGUCUAUAUUUUGACAGCUGUAUUUGGAGUAGACGCUUGGCACAAACCGUUAUGGUUCAACUGCUACAUGACGGACAUAUUGAUAACAUUUCUUGUUGGCUGCAGCCUUUUAAUUGCCUUUCCACAGACAGUGUACAACAUAUAUCUAGGAUAUAAACAGAAAACCUUGCUGAAGACAUCAGUGUACGAAGCCCUUUUACCAUUAUUCUCUCCGGCCCUGCUAUUUCUUUUGCUGACUGUCUGGGUUAUAUCAUCUCCGUGCGGUAUCCUAGAAAAACAGCCUAGAUUGUUUUUAUGGAUGGUCGGGGUAACUUUUUCUAACGUCACUUGCCGAGUGAUUAUCAGCCAGAUGAGCAACACAAGAUCUGAAGUGUUCCACUGGAUGCUGCUGCCCCUGUUUCUGGUAGUGAUGGCUGCUGUGUCGGGCUACUUAGGACAAAUGGAGGACUUCACCUUCAUUUUCUUCACUGUUUUUGCUACUGCUGCACAUGUACAUUAUGGGGUUUGCGUGGGGAGACAACUCAGCAAACAUCUCAACAUCUACAUAUUCUCCUUAAGGAAGCGGGGAAAGAAUGUGAAUAUGCCUUCGAUCCCAGAGCCAUAUUAACAACCUGAAUGGACUUAAGCCCUGUCAUUUAUGUAGGGUGUGCAGCCUUUAUUUAUUUCCACCCUUAUGCCUUUGGUUUACAUGGUGUGAACAUGGGAUUUGAGGGUGAACCAGAAAUGGCCUUGGCUUUCUUGGAACUAAAGUGAAUGGCUUCUACAGGGCUCGGACAACCUUAGCAUCAUAAAAGCACCCAGUACUCCAAUCCUCCAUUGGGACCAGCCAGCCGAGCAGAGCAUAUACCUCAGAGCUUUUAUCCAGCAUUCAUCAAACAUAAGGCAAUAACUUACAGUACUUUGGAAUCCAUACGUGGUGUACCUUAAUAUGUACAUGUAGAGAUCCCGUAGGAGUAAAGAAUGGAUCUAAAGGCUUAAUUGAAAUUGCAUACCUCCUAAGCUACAUUUUCAUAAAAAAUAUCUGGCCUUAAACACAUCAUUUUUUAAGUAUUUUGUCCCUUAUGAAGACUUGUGCGAUUUGUUUCUGGAACCUUGCUUUAUGUUGUUUCAUGUAUGUGUCUUGAUAUUCUGAGUUUACAUUUUUGCUGAUUUGUUGUGGUAUUUUUAUUCAAUGUAAAGAGAUUCAUGGAUGUACUGUGGUUAAGGGCUUUAUGACUGAUGUUUUAACAAGAGGCAGGCAAGAUGUAAACAACAACAAUAGAAUGAUCAGUAACAAUAUGUAAUUAUGUGCACACCGUCUAAACCUACAGUAGACCAAAAAUAAGAUAAAGUACAGAAUACCGUAAA